GAGAUUGUCUGUGCUGUUACCACAGAGAUGAUGUUACGCGUUAUUUGGUUCCCUGUACUGAAUCAACGGAGCAACUUACUUUCGCUGCUGGGAAUUAAAAACACAACCGUGAAAGCGUACAAGAGCUUAUCAGCGAUGGUGCCAUCCGGCUUUUGAAGUUUUCAGAUGAUGCAUGCAACACGUAGCCCUUCAUCCAUCCGGACAGGUGCCUCAGGAGAAGCCCUGGACCUCAGCUUGUCAGGAUCUCAGCUCUCUAUGUCCAAAAGACCCAGCAGCGCAUCUCCUGGGAAAUACUUCUCUCGGUCUGUGUCGGUUUCGGUGGCUAGUGACAGCAGAGGGAAACGCAACACCCUGAGCGAUGCCAGCGCUGGGAGCUCCCGCUCCAUCAAGAACCUUAGGCGGUCCAACAGCACCACUCAUGUUAAUCAGCAGGCCAACAUCAGUUUAAGUCAAGACCAGAGUGAGGACUACUUGGCCCUGUUUGACAGCAGCUCAGAUGGACGCAAGAAACUGGCCAGCCUCAGCAAGGCCUCACCAGACAGAACCACAUGGAACAUCCUGGACGAUCAGCCCAGAGUCUUUCCCCCGCACUCAAGCUCUCGCAGCACUGGCAGUGUGGACUCUCCCACCAGCCUGAAGAGAAGAGAGCCCGGCGUGGCUCUGGCUGCCACAUUCACUGCCAACAACAGGAGCAACAAGGGAGCUGUGGGGAACUCUGUCACCACCAUCUUACACAACAACUACUCUGAGAAACCACUCACGCCUAAGAGCUCCAACCAGAAGCCGUCUUUUAACAACAUCCUGAAGGCCACAGCAAACGAUGAGGUGUCAUUAGAGAAUGGCUCCUUGACAAAGUCCCAGAAGAAUUUCUCUUCAAUUUCCCCCACCUCUAACAAUAAAUCUCCGGUGUCGGCCCAGCGCGGCAGCCCUGUCCUGUCUCGGAGGAGGGAGGUCACUGAGGAGGAGGCCGAGAGGUUUAUUCAGCAGGUGAACCAGGCAGCAGUCACUAUCCAGCGCUGGUACAGAAGCCAUGCCAAGAGACAACACACUAACCAGGCAGCGCUCAAACGUAUCCUUGCCAGUAAAAGAAAGGAGUGGGAGGAGAGAACAGAGGACAGUCGCCUGGAGCAGCAUCAGAAAAAGGACGAAGACAGAAAACGUAUCCGUGAAGAGAAAGCUCGUCUCGCCCGCCUCGCUGCCAUCCAGGAACUGCAGCAGAAGAGAGCCCAGCAGGUCGCAGAGGCACAGCAUGUAGCUGAGGCGGAGCUAGAAAACCUGAGGCAGAGUGGCGUGGUAGGACGCAAGAAACCGCCCAAGAUUUCUCCGACCAACCGAAGUCCAGCUUCUCCGAGCAACAACAACCCGAUGUCACCCACAGGCAUCAAAGCUAAGAACACAGACAAUUUGAACUUUGUGGCCGACUUAGGUGAGCUGAGCUUCAGAGCCAUUUCACCAGCUUUGUCCAAUCACAGAGGCUCUCAGUGUUCCCAGGAUCAGGAGGACAGAGCAGUGAAAGACACUUGCCUGGAGCAGCAGCAUCAGCAAAACGACAGGAAAUUGAUUCGUAAAGAGAAGGUUCGUCUGGCCCGCCUCGCUGCCACGCAGGUGAACACAUCUGAUGAGCUGGAGCAGAAAAGACCCCAGCGGGUUGCAGAGGCACAGCAUGUAGCUGAGGCGGGGCUGGAAAACCUGAGGCAGACUGGCGUGGCAGGACGCAAGAAACCGCCCAAGAUUACUUCGCUCAACAAAAGUCCAGCCUCACCGAGCAACAACAGCCCGAUGUCACCCACAGACGUGAAAGCUAAAAACACAGACUCCAAUUUGAAUGUUGCGGCCGAGUUGGUUGAGCUCUCCAGCUUCAGAGCUGUUUCCCCAGCGCUGUCCAAUUGCAGAGGUUCCCAGUGUUCCCAGGAGAUCCUGCAGAGGUCGGUGAGUAUGGAGGACCAGAGGCAGGGAGCUUUGUCCAGCAGGGCUCAGUCUAAAACCACCCUCAACGAGCUGCUGGACACCCUGAAGCUGUUAGAGGAGGAGCCAGAGAGGCUGUCGGAGCGAAAGUGCUACCACAAAGAAAAAUAUGCCUGGAUAGACGAGGACGGAGACUCCAACUCUCUGACCACUGACAACCUUGAGCGUCACGGCCAGCUGAGCCACCACCCUGCACUGCCAGAUGGGGGCGCCCUGCUCUCUGAGGCCAAGCUGCAGAGCAUCAUGAGCUUCCUGGAUGAAAUGGAGAAGUCUGAACAGGAGAGACCACGCUCGGUCACUUCAGGGUCACACAGAGAGGCUGUUUUGUCAGAGGAGGAGCUGGUUGGUGUCGAUCAGGCGUCGGCCACUGCUGCUGAAGUCACCGGCUCCAUGAUGAGAAUCAAGCUGGAGCUGGAGGAGAAGAAACGCACCGUCAACAUGCUGCAGACCGCUCUGGCCCAGCAGAGGGAGCUGACGGCGAGACAUGUGAAGGAGACCGAGAAGGAGCUGAACAGAAACUUCCUGCUCCAGAAGGAACAAUAUGAAGCCACCAUCCAGAGACACCUCACAUUCAUUGAUCAGCUGAUCAACGAUAAGAAGGCUUUGAGUGAGCGCUGUGAAGGAGUGGUGGGAGAACUGAAGCAGGUGGACCAAAAGUACACCAAGAAGAUUGCACAAAUGCAGGAGCAACAUGAAAUGGAAAUCAAGAAGUUAAAAGAGCUGAUGAGUGCCACAGAGAAGAUCCGCCGGGAGAAAUGGAUCGACGAGAAAACCAAGAAGAUUAAGGAGAUCACUGUCAAAGGUCUAGAGCCCGAGAUCCAGAAGCUGAUUUGUAAGCACAAACAGGAGCUGAAGAAGCUGCGGACGCUCCACGAGGCGGAGCUGCUGCAGGCGGACGACCGAGCGGCCCAGCGCUACGUCCGCCAGUGCGAGGAGCUCCGCCAGCAGCUGGAGAAGGAGAAGGAGGAGCAGUGUCAGAGAGAGAGGGAGCUAGCCAAACAGAGAUAUGAGAAGCAGCUUCAGGAGGAGGAGCUGUCCCUGCAGCAGCAGAGGAGGCGUCUCUACAAGGAGGUGGCUGAUGAGAAGGAGAGGCUGGCUCAGCUGGCUGCGAGGCAGCGCGCUGAGCUGGAGGAUCUGCGGAGGCAGCUGGAGGAGAACAGCUCUCUGGCUGGACGAGCUCUCAGAGAGGAGCUGGACAAGACCAGAGAGGAGCAGGAGAGGAGACACCAGGUGGAGAUGAAGGCGUUACAAGAACGUCUGGACAUUGAAAAGCAGACCUGGGAAGAAAACUACAAGAAAAAAGAGGAAGUGUGGCUGCUGAGCCGCGAGCGCGAGCUCAAAGAAGAACUGCGGCGGGAACGAGAUAAAGAGAUCGAGCUCGCCAUCUGGACACUGGAGGAGGAGACCAGCAAGGAAAAAGAGGAGUGUGAGAGGGCGGCUGACAACAGGUUGAAGCGUGUGAGGGAAAAAUACGAGGCUGAGCUGAGGGAGCUGGAGCGCUCUGAGAGGGCGGCAGUGGAGAAACAACAAGAGUUGAGGAAGCAGCAGAUGGAGACGGAGGGAGAGCUGAUUCGACUACAAGCUGCGCUCAGACAGAAAGAACAGGAGACUGAGGACAUCACACAGACCAGGGACAAGCUGGUGGAUGAGCGCCGCAGUCUGGCGGAGGUGAUAAGGCAGGAGUUUGCCGACCGGCUGGUGAUGACGGAGGAGGAGAACCGCAGGAUGAAAGUGGAGGUGUCAGAAGUUCGAGCGAGAUUACGGCUGGAGGUGGAGAGAGUCACCAGGGAGAAGGAAGAGGAACUGGCUGAAGUCCACCAACGAGUGAAGUCGGCCAUCUUGAAGAAGGAAGAAACUGUCAGUCAGCUCCGGAAGCAGCAUGAGGCUGCCCUGAAGAGGGCGGAUCAUCUGGAGGCCCUGUGGGAGCAGCAGAGGAAGCAGCUGCUGGAGAAGUGACUGUCAGGAAGGCCUGUUUUCAUCUGGACCUCCGCUCUCUGCCCUCCAUCUUCCCCCUCUUCCUUCUGCUCUGAGCUGUAUAGUGUGGCUCAGACCACCACCUGAUUUUUUUUUUUACCCCCCUUUGGAUGUCGUUCCUGCAAGCAAGACUGAACCUGUGGAACUUCAGAGGGUUGAAUAAGUGAGUGAACCUUGUCCUACCUCAUCUGAAAAAUACAAAAUGGGGAGAUGCACGGGGCCUCACUGUAUAGGUGUCCCCCCCCCGCCCCCCCGCAGGCAUGAAGGAGCAUGUUGUGUUGGAACUUCCCUCACUCGAAUGCCAUAGACGAGGUGGUACCAGAUGAAAAGACAUGGGAUGGACUCCCCAUUCUUCUUCCCUUCUCCUGCUGCUGUUUUUUUUGUGACUGUACGCACCUCUUCCCUCCCUCUGCAGUCUGGAGCAGGAGUGCCUCCUUGUUCCCCACAGAGCUGCCACAGAACUGUUCCAGAUGUUCCUGAAACCCGCCCAGGCCUGCCCUCGAAUAAAGUGGAAGAAGAGAAGGUGGGCGGGGGGGGGUUGCUCUGUCUGGAGGACCAGUCAGCAUCAGAGCUACAGCACGACUUCCUAUCUGUACCGAGUCGUGCUCCUGAUGCCGUUCAUCUGCUGAGUCGUGUGUUUUGUCCCAGUGCGCCCUCGAGGCGAGUGCUAAUUACAGGAUCUAUAACCUCUCCUCAGCUACAGCCCCGUGUCCAGCUCUGAACAGUUUAUGUGUGUCUUAAACCAAAAUUAGGAUCUAACAAAGACGUUAGAAGGUCAUUUACUAACACCGGUUACAGACUAAAGUUAGAGUGCGAGUAGAAUGUUGCUAGAAAGAGCGACGGGAUGUGUAGCGAAGCGAAGGGAGUGAAGAAAAGUGGCAGAUCUGAUGGCACGUCAAAGAGAGAUGACUGUCGAGCGGCUUUGGAAGUUUCUGGAUGUGAAGAAGAAAAAAAACGGAUUGGGGGGGCGGGGGGUGUAGGGAAGAAGGAAUGCGGAUAGAAAAUGUUUGUAGGAUUAGGAAAGCAGAGCUGGGACAGAGACGGGCGGCAGGAGGGUUUGAGGCGGCACGAGGCAUGUGACCAGAGGUAUGUUAAAAGCCAUAUGGGUUUUGCCCGGCCUGAUUCAGAGGCCGCACUGCGACAAAACACAUCAGACUCAAGAGGGACCUGGAGUCACGCUCACAUGUGAACUAUCUGUGUUCGGAUGCUCCGCUUCUGUUUUGUAAUUCUCUCCGGGAACCCUCAGCACUUUUCUCAAAAAAAAAUGUUCCUGCUUCUUUCCUAAUUUGUUAACUCUUUAUAAUGAUGAUCGAAGCCCGUCGUAUCGCAAACACAGAAAGUCUUUGUGGAUAAGAUUUCAGUAACAACGGUCCAUAGAGUUGGUGCGGGGUGGGGAGCUGUAACAGGAGUUUGUGCUGCAGAGAGAAACUCUAAACCUGGAAGUAAAGCCUGUUAUUUAGGUGCAACCUGAUGUCAAAGACCACAUUCUGGUGUGGCUGUAAAUCCCCCACAGCCUCCAAAUUAGACCUCAUAUCAGAAAAAUAUUUAUUCUGUUUCUCUGUUCUUUAUUUAUUUCCCACUUGCUCCCUUUGUAGCGUUACUGGCCCCCAGUGAGGUCGAGGAUUUGAAGUCAUUUUUCUCUGAGCGAGCCAACACAUGGAGUGUUUUUCAUUCCUUUUGCACAAACACUAAACAGUUACACGGCAGACCUGAUAACUGCUGUGGUAGAAUGUUAUACCGACGCCAUUUUUAGAUGGUUUAAAUACAGUAUGUCAGGUUUUUCUGACAUGGAAGUUGUCCGAGCCAAAAUGUAAAGGGUUCAUAUGAAGUGUGAUGUAGUGGAGGGGAAGGUCCAACUUGUUAACUGUUAAGCCAAAUAUUCAAGUCAGUUCCAACCCUCCUUAUGGAACAAAAAUAAGAUAAGAGACUGGAGCGUUUCAGACAGAAGUUGUGGGUGUGUGUCACAUGUCCCUGUGGGUCUCACGCUCACUAAAUGAGACUCGCUGAGUCAUGAGGACCAUGUUGCGGAGGCCUGAAGGACUCGAAGCGCCACAGUUUGCUCGCAGCCUCUCGCUGCUCUGCUGCUGUUGGCAUUCCUCACGCAUGCCCGUCCUACAAGUGCCAAUGAGCUUUGCCUUUUGUGUAUUUGUGUGCCACCCUCCCACUUUGACCUGAGAUGACCCUCGUGGUGUCAGAUACACACUCACAAUGUUCCCUCUGUUUGUUUUUUUUUGUUUGUUUUUUUUUUCUUAUUUGUGACUUUGUGUACAAACCAUUCCAGCUGUCGUUAAUUUCUACAUGUAUGAAGGUAAAACCCAGGUGGCAAGGUUUAUAGUUAUGCAUAAUUAAAGCUGGGGUAGGCAAUUUAUUUCCAUAUUUGUUGAAAUUCUCUCAUACCUGCGCGAACUGAGCCCCAGUGUUUUGGGGAAGUGGCUUUGAAGGCAGGGGGGGGGGAUUUUUUUCAGAUUUAUAGUUUCAAAAUCUAGCCUUCUCAUGCUGGUUCUUUGACAUUGCCUACCCGAGCUUUAAGGAUGUGGCUGCUGUGGCUGCUGUGACUGACAGGUGGGUGCCCUCUCUGGUGGCUGGCUGCUAGGUGGUUCAGCAACCCGCCUCAACUCCACCGCUGUGUCCAUAUUUUAAUGAGCCAGAGUCAGGCACUGCCAACGGCCCGAAUCCCAGUCUCCAUCCCAAAGCCUGGACCCUCACAGACUUUGUUGACAUGCGUCACCUGAUAAGCGCUUGGGUGCCAGAGGCUGCAAGGGCCUUGAUGACGCCAAAACAUGUUAUUUACAACUGUGCAAUGGUGGGUUUGGAACUAUUUAUUUUACGUUGUUUAGGCUAUUUUUUUCACGGCCAAGGCACUUAAGGGGGCAGCUGCCUGAGUUUCAAAACAUCAUCAUACACUUGCAUGUAAAUUCAAGUCCUGUCAUGUUUGUUUCCUUUUUGUUUGUUUUUUACGCCUCCGGGUGUAAUGUCACUGGAUAAUGCCACUAUGCUAUGAACUGUGGGUUCCGCCCUCAGCCUGCAGGGAUGCAGAGUUAGUUAGUGUCCAUAAAGGGGUCUAAAGGUCUGCGAGAGGGCCCUCACACACUUUCAGAUUUAACAGGAACGCACCUUAAAGUCUGUGAGUGUGGAGACUGGGAUCGGGCCAAUGGAAACCUAUGGGUGACGUCACGGACACUACAUCCACGAUUCAUACGGUCUGGUAACCUCUGGGCCCUAACACGUAGUUCUUGAACCCACUGUUUUCUUAUAUUGCUAUUCAUGCUGAUGGUUUGAAAACUGUGAAGAAGGUGGCGGCUGAUCUAUCAGCAAACAGAAUAAAAAGCAAAGAGUGUUUGGAAGACA